CGCCGCUCUGGGCAUGCGCUGAUCCUGUAAACAGCGUGGCAUGGCAGAGAAGUCGAUCCCGGUCCGAAUCAGAUCCGGAGAUCAUCAAUGAUCAAUAACCGAUGGAUUCAGUGAAGAAACGACUGGAGGAAUUCAGCCAGGAGGCACGAGACCUGUACCUGACCCGGUCCGUCCCGGUCCUGGACCAGCCCCCGGACCCUCUGACCUUCUACAGGGACUGGGUGGGUCCAAACAAACCGUGCAUUAUCAGGAACGCCUUCAGCCAUUGGCCAGCUCUGACCCGCUGGACUCCUCAGUACCUGAGGGAGAAGGUGGGGUCAAAGGUCAUCAGCGUGGCGGUGACCCCUAAUGGAUACGCCGACGCCGUGAGCGCCAAUCGCUUCAUGAUGCCUGAAGAACGACACAUGAGCUUCAACUCAGUCCUCGACAUCAUCGAGGGGAAGGUGGAUAAAAGGGGCGGAGUCUUCUAUGUCCAGAAACAGUGUUCCAACCUGUUGGAGGAGUUACCGGAGCUGACCGACGACCUGGAGCCGCACGUGCCCUGGAUGAGCACCGCCAUGGGAAAGUUUCCAGAUGCAGUGAACUUUUGGCUCGGAGAGGAGAGAGCUGUCACCUCCAUGCAUAAGGACCACUAUGAGAAUCUGUACUGUGUCAUCUCUGGACAGAAAAACUUUAUCCUGUUACCACCGACAGACCGCCCCUUUAUCCCCUAUGAAGUCUACCAACCAGCUGUUUACCAUCAGAGAGACGACGGUGAGUUCGAGGUCAUUGAUCAGGUCGACUGUGAGAAGGUUCCGUGGAUCCCUCUGGACCCUUUGGAUCCAGAUCUGGACCGGUUUCCCCUGUAUCAGAAUGUCUGUCCUCUGCACUGCAGCGUCAACGCCGGAGACAUGUUGUACCUGCCAUCUCUGUGGUUCCACCACGUCCAGCAGACGCAUGGAUGCAUCGCAGUGAACUUCUGGUACGAUAUGGACUUCGACAUCAAGUACAACUACUUCCAGCUCCUAGAGGCUCUGACUGAAGUCGUAACAGCCUGAUGUCCCACGGAUCCCGAAUUCAUCACAGUUACAGUUAAAGGACUGAAUCAAUGCGUAACUAAAGCUAUGUUCAAAGUCUGAUGUUUUGCUGGGAAAUCUGAGUGUCCCAUCAGGUUUACUCUU